UGUACAUAGGCAGCGCUCUCGGAGAGAGCGCGGGGUGUGCUGAUGCCAGUGGAGGUGAUGUCGCGCGGCCCAUUGAUCUUGGCAGUGGAGUCCGGAUCGGAAAGCCGAAGUCAUGUGUUUGAUGGCCGACGGCGACUCGCCGCUCUCAACAUCUCCCAGCUCCCACGCUCCGCUGUUCUCGACCGCAUCAUUCACGAUGUCCUACUCCAAGUACAUCCUCAUUACGGGCGGGACCAGCGGCAUCGGGCUGGAGGGGGCACGCGUCCUCUCCGCCGACCCAACCCUACACAUCACGGUGACAGGGCGGACGUCGCCCGGCGCGCUUCCCGCCAACGUCGAGUUCGUGGCGUGUGAUCUCGCGGAUCUAGACGCGGUGCGCGCCUUCUGCGCGAGCUGGACGCGCCCGCUAUCCGCGCUCAUCCUCAACGCCGGCGUGAUGAUGGCGUCCCGAUCUAUGCUCAGCGACCUCGAGUCGACCUUCGCUAUCAACCACGUCGGCAACGCCGCCCUCUUCUUCGGCAUCAAAGCACACCUCACGCCCGACGCGCGCGUCAUCGUCGUUAGCUCCGAGCUGCAUAGCGGCGAGGCGCGCGCAGGCCGACCCAAUUGGACGACGGCGGCGGAGGCCGCGGCCGCUAGCCUGCCCGAGAUGCAGAGUGGCAUGACGCUGUACGCCAACUCCAAGCUCGCGAACAUGCUCUUCUCGCACGCGCUGUCCCGCCGCGCACCCGAGGGCUGGGCCGUCAUCGCGUGGACGCCCGGCUUCGUCCCCGCCGGCGGGAGCAAGCUCAGCCGCGACCGCGGCAUGUUGGCCACCAUCGGGAUGCCGGUCGUCGCGGCGCUGCUGGGGCUCAUGGGUGCGCUUGGGCGCCCCAUGGCAUCGCUCUCGACGGUGCCGUGCAGCGGCAAGGCGCUCGCCGAGCUCGUCACGGGCCCAGAGCAUGCGUGUGAGAAGGGCGUGUACUACCAAAUCGAGAAGAAGGGAGAAUCGAGUGCACAGAGUCGUGAUGUCGCACUCCAAGACGAGUUGUGGGAGUGGACUAUCCACAGACUUGGCGUCGAUAGCAAGAUUUAGGUCGGCCAGAAGCAAAAGGCCGAGGCGCGGUGUUAGCGUCUAUCUUAUCACCGGCGGGCAUGCUUCGUGGCGCUCGUGGCGCAUGCAUGACUCCGCAUACAAUGCAUGUAUGUAUGAAGGUUUGGCUUG